AUGCAUGCUAAAUACAAAGCAACCAAGCAAAAAGACGCUUACGUCCUUCACAGUUGCCACCCCAUACACGAUCACAGUUCUCCUACGAUUGUAACUCAGAACGUCACCCCUGCACCCAUAACAAUUGCUAGUGCUUCAACAACAACACUAUCACAAGAGAUCAUUGUAGUUAGUGAGAAGGAGCUUUCAACUAGCGGAUCGAAUGAAGACUCUAGUGAAUCUGCUUUAGAGAUUAUUACGCCACAAGAAGAACUGCUGGCAAACCAAUCUUUGCAGAAAUUGAAAGCGUGUCUUUUGAAGAGCAAAACCUUUGAUCCUCGCAUGGAGGCACUGACAGCCCUCAUCAACUAUUGGGAGGUUGAUCUUGAAGUGGAAAUCAAUCCAUGGUUUCCACUAGAAGAUGCUGAUUCUGAACCUGCCAUUGAAGCUCGUACUGAACCUGCCGCUGAAACUUCAUCUGAACAUCGUACUGAACCUGCAGCUGAAAUUUCAUCUAAACCUCGCACUGAACCUGCCACUGGAACUUCAUCUGAACCUCGCCCUGAACCUGCCGCUGGAACUUCAUCUGAACCUCGUACUGAACCUGCCGCUAAAACUUCAUCUGAACCUCGCACUGAACCUGCCGCUAAAACUUCAUCUGAACCUCGCACUGAACCUGCCGCUGGAACUUCAUCUGAACCUCGUACUGAACCUGCCGCUAAAACUUCAUCUGAACCUCGCACUGAACCUGCCGCUAAAACUUCAUCUGAACCUCGCACUGAACCUGCCGCUAAAACUUCAUCUGAACCUCGCACUGAACCUGCCGCUGAAACUUCAUCUGAACCUCCUUCUGAUUUUGACUCUGAUCUCGAUUGUGAACUUGAUCCUGACUCUGAUCUAGAUAGUGAAUCUGAUCUCGAACCUGAAUCUGAUAAUAUCUCUAAAAUAGGCCAACAAUCAUGCAACAAAGUGUCUAUUAUCACUAAAUCAGGAAUUGUGUCUCAUUUUUCUGCCAACGACGAUGACGUAACUUUACCGACAAAAAUCACGACGAGGGGACGACCGACGGCCAAAAAACCAACAGCUAUUGGAACACCGAGACAAGAGGUGACAGUGCCAAAAAAUGCUAAAAAGCUUUCGUGUGAGUUGCGAAGUAGCAAACGAAAAUUGAUAGCUUUUGAGGAUUUGAGCGAUGAAGAAAAAGCAUCCGAAAUGCUUUCGUGGUUCAUACCAGAUGAUUUAAUCCUAAAUGUUGUGACAAAAAAACGUAAAAUAGAAUCUGCGAGUUUUAAUGUAGAUGAUAAAACUGUCACGGAUGCGAUUAAGAAUACAGACGACGAUGUCAUUCAAGCAUUGGAAAAAUUUUGUGAACCAACGGCAUACAAACGCUUGAAUGACAUCGUCGAAAAGAAAAGGAAAAGAAUUACAAUCAAGUGUGGUACGUGUCAAAAACCUCGACGAUUAACAAAAACAAUGAUUACAUGUAAGCGAUGUCUUCUUUGGUUCGAUUGGCCCUGCGUUAACGUUAAGAAAGAACCAACAACUGCUUGGUUUUGUAGUAGCUGUUCUAAAAGU